GUCAGUGUGAAGCGUGCGAUUGCUUUAAUGAAAUGGCAAAGAGAUUAGUUUUAGUUCUAUUUUUGGUUUAUUUUAAUAAUAUUAUUUCCGGAAAAAGAACACAAAAAGAUGAAGGCCUAAAGCUGAUGCCUUCUAGUGAAGUUAUAGUAAGUCUGCAUAGCACUCAAGUAAUUUGGGCAGAGUAUCCAGCUGCUAUUGAAAGCUGUCGGGUCAACUUACACAACAAAUGGUACCAGUGCGACCCACCCCCCAAGUGUCUUGGUUUUGAACAAUGCAUAAAGAAAAUUUGCCUACAGCCAGAUGAUCCCAAGUUGAGUUGGUUUCCAAAUUUUAACGAAGGAGUAUGCGGAGUAAUAUUGAAGGGUAUCAGAGAUAAAUGGACCGGCAACGUCACAUUCCAAGUAUUACACAAAAACGUCAGCCAUACGAAAACAAUGCGUUUCAUUGUACCAAGAGAACCAACAUCAUCAUUGAGUGUCGACCCUGUAGUAGAGGAUUAUGUUAUCAAAGCUGACUGCUUCGUAAUAAAUGGAAGACCCGUUCCUAAUAUAUCUUGGUUAUUGGAUAAUGAAAACGUACAAGAUGGCUUGGAACAUCCACUAGUAAAUUAUAAUCCUGAUACAGACUUGUAUAGCAUCAGUCAAAGAUUGCACCUCAAGUUCGAUUUGCAGCUGUUGGGUCGCCGACUGACAUGUCUUGUGAACUACAAAUACGCAGAUGAUACGUAUAUGAAUAGUUAUAACGUGCUGACUCGACAACAAAACCGAUCUGAAAUUCUUAAUUUGGAAUUUCCCCCAACACUAAUGAAUGGGACGACAAACAACAGCAUAUCAUUCAACAACCUAGAAGGACACAACCAAAGUAUUAACUUAGUGGUUUGUGCUAAUCCGGACAUAGAUAAAUACACAUGGUUCUUGAACCAUAAGCCACUCCCACAGGGGCUUUAUACUGGACUCCAUAAUGGACACGUAAUAAAAGAAAUAUCACAAAUAUACCUACAAACUAAUAUCUGCUGCUGUAAAAAAUUUAGUUUACUGUUUUCCAAAAUCACUAAGGAACUCAUACGCAGCACUCUUACGUUAACAGUUACGAACGCUUGGGGAAAGACUGACAUUAACAUAACAUUAAAUUUAAGAGAAACACAACGAAACAGAGAUUACAAAGAAGAAAGAGACGGAAGAGAAGACAAAACGUUUGUGGAACAUGAAAAUAUUGGUAGUGUAACGUCAGCGUGGACAGUGGCUGCUUAUGUGAUAACACCUCUAUUGCUGAUAGUCGUAGGUCUUGGAUUCCUGUAUUACUUUUACGAAAGAGUUCGCACUGAACGUCCACACAACAAUCGUUGCCUCUCUGGACCGCAAGUGAAAUACGCUGCGCGAGGAAAAAGCCAGCUCGAGGAUCUCCGCCUCCAACCCUUAUACGGCGACCAACAUCACGCACUAAAGCUUUGGCCUCAACGCCCCAAGGUCCCGCUGUCUCCAACGCAAAUGAGCGCAUCGUCCCCUGAAGAUGACCCCGUGUACUCGUACGUCCCGAUAGAAACGGUGUCACUCUAUUCUGCGCGUGCGCUGAUAGCUGACAAUAGGAAGGCGCCCACUGACAUAUCAUUCAAGCCACCGCUGCCGAAGCGCAACAAUCAUACAACCGACUACGAUUACGCUUGCGUCUCGUAAUGCACUGAAAAAAAAAUCAAAAAAUCUGUUAGAAUACAUAACAUAAGAUAGCUUAAGUCAGAGGUACAUCCAUCGCAAGGUGAACUAAGUACCCAGACCUCAUCGAGCUUUCUGUUAUACCAACGUGAUAGACGGUGAGACUUACCGCCGACAUCCAACUUGCAUAACAACUUACGUAAAAAAAUAUUUCCCUAAUGGAUGGGCAAGUAAUCAGAAGACACGUAUUAUAAGAAACCGUACGAUGACAUGAGAUCAGCCCAUCACCCAUAAUUAUAAUGGUAUAACACUAAGGGCCAUAGGUCACUAAGACACCAUGGUGGCGCCAGCACCACGAACGCGCCAUUGAGGGGUUUAAAAGGCCACAUUGAAUCAAUUCGUCUAAAUAGCAAUAAAAUGUAAUUUACGCAUAUAUAAAAGUAAAUGUGCUAUGUCAAGAAAUGUCAAAUUGCAGUACUUAUUGCUUUUUGUUACUGCCACCUGAGAAAAAAAGGUGUCUGUUUUCUUGCGAAUAUCGACAGUUACUAAAAGUAUUUUUACAUUCUCACGUACAACGUAUUGCACAAAAAUACAUUUUAGUUUUGCUUUUUAGAUGAAUUGCUUCAAUGUGGCCUUUUUAACCCCUCAAAGGCGCGAUAGUAGUGGUGGCGCCACCAUGGUGUCCCAUUAAUUUGUAAGUAAUUAUUAUAUUUAUGUCUUGUGUAGUUUUUUGUGUUCCCGUUAUUGAGUAAAUACAUAUUUUUUAUGCAACUUUUCAUCAUCAUCAUCAUCAUCAGCCGUACGACGCCCACUGCUGGGCAUAGGCCUCCCCCAAGGAUCUCCACGACGAUCGGUCCCGCGCUGCCCGCAUCCAGCGGCUUCCCGCGACCUUCACCAGAUCGUCGGUCCACCUUGUAGCGGGCCUACCCAUUGAGCGUCGUCCGACACGUGCUAUGCAACUUUUAUUUCAUUGUAUUUUUAUUUUAAAGCUAAGUUGGUGUAAGUACCUUUUUUAUCCGGCAAUGUACUAAAUGCCAGAGACAAGUCCGAUUUUGAUGCUUUUUUUUUUCUUUUUUAGGGGUAGAUUUUAAAAUAUUUAAAAUCAGAAACAUCUUGAGUGGGGCAAAUAAAUAUUAUUUAAAACCUCAAGACCCGAAACGCCUGACAAAUUAUUCAUACCAAUUGUUUUUUCGAUAUGUACCUUCACUUAUUCUAUUAUGUACUUCUCAGAAUAGACGCAAAUAAUCUGAAACCUUUGUUUUUCUUAUUAAAUUUCUGUGAUUAGUUCAAUAC